GUGAAUUAAGAUUUGUUCGGUUGGUUGGUCUUGAGAAUAUAUUAACAUUAGUUUUUGUGUUGGCAAGGUACAGUAGGAGCAUGUUAGUUAGUAACUGAAAAGAAAUAGCAGCAUUGCGAUUAAACAAGUGUUUAGAUUUAGAAACUCAGAAUAUUCCUGUUUGACAAAACAUAAUAAAUUUGACUAUAUCAAAUAGGAAACCUUGCAUGCUAAGUUUGUAUUAAAUAGGGACUAUCAUACAGAUUAAUUUCGUGCCGCGCAAAGGGAGCUGUUAGGACCGAAUUCUUAAUCUUUCAAAUGAGUAAAAUAUAAAAAUUGUAGCUCACGAAUUUGAUGAAUCCAAAUUGAAUGACGCUAAAAUUUCGACGAGACGUAAUUACAAAAUGAUGUUAUUAAACUAAGAAGUGUAAAAAAACUAAAAAUUCAACUUAUAUAAAGUUAUGUUUUAAUAUUAUACGACUAGUCUACAUUGAUAUCAGUACUGUCAUUCAAAAUGGGUUCAUUACUUUCUUCUAUGCCUCACAAUGGCAGAGAUUCAAAGAAGAAGAAGAAGUCGAAGAGGAAGAAUAAUAAGAAAAAGUAUCCGAUAAAACAAACGAACUCCUCGUCGUCUUCAAGUUUCUCCACACCCAGUAAGUCAAGUCACGUUCGACACAAUAAAUUGCGUCACCAGCGUCAUACGUCAUCCUCGUCAUCUGAUAGUGAAAUCGUGAAGGGUAACGUUAAAAAUAAAACAGCCCUAUAUAAUCAACUUGAUAAGGGUGCGUCGCCACAAACCCAACAAUCCAGUUCGAAGCCUAAAUUCGCCCCGAAAUCGAAAAUUAAUAAAAGUCCCAAGCAUAAAAGCGGCUUUGAUUAUCACUACAAACCUAAGCAAGACCGUCCAAACGAACGUGUUGUAACAGUGGAACUUGAUAUUCCGGAAUUAACCCAACAAUCCAGCUCGAAGCCUAAAUUUGCCCCGAAAUCGAAAAUUUAUAAAAGUCCCAAGCAUAAAAGCGGCUUUGAUUAUCACUACAAACCUAAGCAAGACCGUCCCAACGAACGUAUUGUAACAGUGGAACUCGAUAUUCCGGAAUUAACAAAGGCAAACAGGGACGUAACGCCAUAUCAUCCGUCAUCAUCAUCACCUAUAACAUAUCACAAUCAACAGGCUACAAAGACAACAAUGCCAACCAAGAAAGAAUUUGAAGAAGCUUGCAUCAAAGCUCACAAUGAAUAUCGAAAAUGUCACAACGCAAAUGGGCUUGAACGAGAUACAAAAUUGACUUCGAUGGCUCAAGAAUGGGCGAAUAAAUUGGCGAAAAGGGGUCGUCUGGAACACUCCAACAACAGAGGAUUUGGCGAGAAUGUUGCCUUUACUUCCAAAAGCGACCCAUCAGGCUUAGAGAUAGCAAAAAUGUGGUACGAUGAAAUCAAAGACUAUAAUUACAGAAACCCAGGGUUCGCCGGGAACACUGGCCAUUUCACGCAAGUUGUCUGGAAAGGAACCACCCAAGUUGGUAUAGGAAUAGCAACAGGAUCUAAAGGUACGUUUGUCGUUGCAAAUUACAAACCUGCUGGCAACAUUACCAACCCCGGAUAUUUCAAGGAGAAUGUUGAUAAACAAAGAAAAAAACCAACAUUUGCGGAAUCGAAACGACGAUCAUCUUCUUCCUCGUCAAGUUCUUCUGAUGACGAAUGCCAUAGACCUAAAGCAUCGUCGUCUACCAAAACAAGUUCUUCUGCACCCAAACCAGGAAAGAAAGUUGAUACAAAAACCGAGAUUUACACCGAAAACGGAGUUCGCAAGAAGAAAACUAUAACGACGACUACAACAGUGACGGUCACGGCGAAAGGAACUCAAACAUCAACAGAAACUAAAACAAAGAUAGAAACACUACCGGAUGACAAUUCAGUGACAGGAAAGCUGAAAAAUCUUCGUGUUCGGAAAGACAGUAGUAGCAGUAGUAGUAGCAGUGAUGACGACGACAGUAAAAACGUUUUAUCCUCGUCGGACCAAAGAAAAUUCCGAAAAGACUGUCUAGAAAGACACAACGAGUUGAGAAAGAAACAUGGAGCUCCAAAGUUGAAAUCAAGCAGCUCUCUUCAAGAUAAAGCUCAACGUCAUGCAAACAAAAUGUUAAGGCAAGAAAAAUUAUCACAUACAGGAAAAUGUGAAUUUGGGGAAAACGUUGCAAUGAAGAUGCCAAUGCCAUCAGGUUCCGAAGCUUGUGAUAUGUGGUAUAGUGAGAAGAAAGAUUACGAUUUCAGAAAAUCAGUAUUCAGUGGAAACACAGGUCAUUUCACUCAAGUUGUGUGGGAAGGAACUAAAGAAGUUGGAGUCGGUGUAGCCUCUAAUUCUGAUGGUAAAACAUACGUCGCCUGCUUCUAUAAUCCUCCUGGAAAUGUAAGAGGCGACUUCGAGAAAAAUGUGAAGAGAGGAUAAAACAAAUUCGACCAUUUAAUUGUAUUUAUAUGUUUUGUUAACCGUUACCCCAUAACCCAUCAUAACUUUUGUGUCAAUGAAAAUCUAUGAUAUUUUAUAUUUGAUGAUUUUCUACAAUUAUUUUUAAAUCUCAAGAUGUAUUUUGCCUUACUAUUUUGUACGUUAUAAUAGCAUUGUAUUAUAUUGACAACGUACUGAUUUUGUCCUGUUUAUUAUGCCUUUUCCGCUUAAUUUUGUAAAAUGUUGUAUGUAGUAAAAGCAAAUGAGUAUCUCUCAUUUGAUUUCUUCAUUCAAACAGUACAAAACGCAAAGAGCUUUUUGUACAUUCCUUAAUAAUUAUUGUGUCUAUUUUACUCUCUGUAUGUUUUCUUAUUUUCUGCCAUCUUCAAAUUUCUUCAUCAUAUUCCAAUUUUUGAAGCAAACUAAGAAUGCAGUCGUUUUUAUUUAUUCAUAAUUUUCUAAAUUCAAAAGUUUCUCUGUGAAACUUAUUUGAUCAUGUUUGAUUAGUUGUUGAUGAAAUAUUUUAACAAU